AUGAGUGGAAGAAAGGAUUUGCAAUCUACAGCUGCGAAAAAGAAGGCAGAGCCUUAUACUCCACAAUCUGUUGGUGAUAAUGAACCAAUUCCGUCAAACAGUUUUUUACUCCAACAGUUACUGUUGGAUCUCGGGUUUACAGAUACUGCCAAGACAUUAGUACAGGAAACUCAUCGCAAGCUGCAAUUGUCUGUGAACUCACCCCAUUCUCAAACCAAUGUUGUGAGUGAUGGAAUGGACCCUUCAGAUGUUGUUUCUACCAAUAAUCACAACAAAAAUGGAAAUAAUUUUUUAAAAAAAUCAAAUGGCAACAAUGAAAAUGUUUCUAAUACAGCUGUGAUGGAAAAGGAUGAGUUAGAAGGAAAAGAAGAUAUAAUGCUAAAAAGAAUGACGGGUAUGACAUUAUUUCGUGCCUUGGCUCACCAAAGUGACAACAAUGGUAAUGGAUUAAAUGAUAGUACAGGUAUCUUGCAACAUUUAUGCAAUAUGUGCAUUUCCACCAUGUGUUGCAAUACAGAUUAUCCUUGCUCUUCUGAUGGAGAAGAAUGCUUAACACCUCUCUUGCGUAAAUUGUUCAACGUGCUUUUGGAAAAUCAAGAUGAAGCUAUUGAUAAAGGGGAAAAAAAUAAUGGGAUACACUCAUUUAUUAAUUUGCCUCCAGCAUGGGUAUCCCUCAUGCAGGUUUUUUUUGCUUAUGUGGAAGUCUUAUGGUCACAGUUAUACUUGGUGGAGGUAGUUUCAUAUGCGGAUUUUCUCUUUAAGGGAUGGGUUCGAUACCGACCGUAUAUCUUAGAAAGACUUUCGAGGUUUCAGGAGAAGAUUCAACGAUUGCUUUUAGAAGCUCAUCAACUUGAGCGUUUCACCAAUAACUGUGAGAGAUCCGAUAUAUAUUGCAACAAGAAUAACAAAACCGAAUCUGCAACACGAAAUAAAGGUAAGAAUGAUUCUUCAACGUUACCGUCAAUAAAAUCAUCUGUUCCAUUCAUUUCUGGUAGAAAUGGGAUCUCCAUAACAACAACAGAAAUAAAUAAAGGUAUUAUUGGUAUGUUCUGUCAAGGUGCUCCAACUUUUAGGAGGAAUCUUGAAGAAGUAUCAACGUGGAUUUUAAAUCAAUGUGGUCGCUGUGUACAAAGUAAUCUUGCAGAUAGUAGUUUUGAGGCAAGAAACACAGAACCUAUUUCCACUGUUGAGGAUACAAGUGGAAUAUCUACGGGAGAGUCUAAAGAAAUAGAAGAAUCUUCUUCACAAAAAUUAUGGCAUCAAUGUAUGGGAGCCGUACGUCAAGCCGUUCUCGUUACAAGUGAGAAUGUGAAAGAUCAAAAGGAGAAUAAAUGGGAAUCAUUACCAUUGAUUGAUCCAAAACUUCAUUGGACUCAUGUAGCCCUACGUGUACAACUCCUCGCCUGGGUUCUUGGUUCUCUCGCAGAGUUUGCAGAAAUUCUGCGAAAAGAGCUUUAUCCAUCUGAUAAAAAUGAUAAUGAUGAAGAAGAAGAAGAAAAUAAUAAUAAUGAUGAUGAAGUAGAGAAGAAUACAAAAAAUCAAUCCAAUAUAGGAAGUAAUGAAGUACGACAGAAAGUUUCUCUUGAAGGUACUGUAUUAGGAUUUUGGUACCACAAUUGUGCCUCGCAAAUUGCAGAGAAGCUGAAAGUCACUGCAAUGAAGAUCAGUGAUUCCUCUGCAGGUACUGCUGCUCAUCAUAAUACUAGUGAAGGAGAUGAGACUCUUCAGCGAAGACUACCACGUCAUCAUCGUGUAGAAGCGGUGAAAGAACAAGAAGAAAUUGGACGAUCUCUUGUUAAUAUUCUAAAGAGUGCUGUACAUGAGUAUUUUUUGGGUAAUUCUGUAUCAGUAGAACCAUUUUCUUUUCAACUUCUUAAUGAUGGAUUACUAUAUGAUGAAGCCAUAAACAGCAAAUCAUCUAAGAAUGGAUCUAAUAGAAAUUUACCACCAAUACGAAAAAUUAAAAAUGAGAAUGAUGAUGAUUUUCGUAUGUUCCUUAUCGCUGCAUUGGCCACUGGAAAACUUUCUCAGAUGGAACAAAACUCUAAACCUCAACAAGUUGCAUUUCAUCACCUUCUUAAGCGAGCCUUUACUACACCAAAAGCUCUUCUCGAUUUACAAGAUGAAUCUGUUCCUAUGGAUGUACAACUUAAAGCGUUGGAAAGAAUAACAGCAUACGCCGUUAGACGUGGAACACAAGGUAAAAAUGGUGUGGUAAAAGGUCUUCCUCAUCGAAAAUGCAGUGAACGAAAUCGAAAUGGGGGAACUAUAAAUGAACCUACUACAGUUCGUACGCAUGAAAAUGAUUCAUCUGUUUUUGGAGAAGCUACCGGUAUGGCUCCUCCAAGUCAUACUCAAUGUGUAUCAGAAAAUACAGGAAUAGGUAUUGAUCUUCCUAUUCCAUUAGAGGAGACUGGAGAACCUAUUGAAUCUUUUUGGUUUGCACACUUUCAAUCAUUAGUACAUCUUAUGCUACGUCCAGCUGCUGAACUUAUACAAGCAGAAGGAAGUUCUACAUUUCCUCCUGUAGAAGAAGAAGAGGCAAGUUCAUCUGAACAUAAUGUUGAACCUCCAGAUAAUGAAAUGACAAAUGAAAUUCAAGUCGUUACGGUUACACCAUGUGGAUCAUUAUUGGCUUUAUUAACUACAAAGGGUAGACUUCUUGUGUAUACUAUGCGUAAUAAAAGAAAUUCAACCCAAUGCGAUAUUAAUGAACAUAUUCAAGGAUCUUUUUGUGAAGAAUUAAUUCUGGAUACAAAAUUUACUAAAAAUGAAAAGGAACCACGUUGGUAUGAACAUUUAUCUUCAUUUCUUAGAUUUUCACCAUGCGGAAGAUUUCUUCUUUGUUCAGUUCAAAAUAAUGCUGCUUCUUUAGGAAAAGAAGAAGAAGCUAAUUCUCUUGCUAAUGAAUAUACUGGAAAAGUAUUUAUUUAUUCUAUGCAUUGUACAGAUACAACGAAACAUGAAAGUUCAAGAGAAAUUAAUAACGAUGAGGAUCGUCUUUAUGCAGAUUUUCGAAUUCAUACUGCACCUAUAGUAGUUGCAUCUUGGAUGGAUCCACGUUUUUGGGGACGUAAAAUCUCUAAAAAUAUUCGUCCUCUUGAUGAAAAUAGUCCUGAUUGGAAAUGUGAGGCUUAUAAACAUUUAUCUGUUUUACAAUGUCUUUCAUGUGGAACUGAAAAUGUUAUUCUUCGUUGGUCACCAGCCGAUGGAUCUAUUAUUCAGAAAAUUGCCACAGUUCCAUUACAUGAUAUUUUGGUAUCACCCUUAAUGCAAGCCAUUUAUACUACCGAUCAAAGAGGUCAGUUAUCUAUGUAUGAUGCUUGGAAUGAACACAAUAUUGGAUUUUCUGCAGGGAAUUCUGUAGUGGUUUCUCAUCGUGGACUCCCGGCUUCAUUAUCUAUGAUGCGUUCCUCUGCGGAGGCCCGCGAAGAAGGUUCACUUCCGAAGAGCACCGCACCUCUUUCUGAUGGUGAUAUGCAACAUGAUUACUUUGUGGGAGCUCGUAUUAUUCGUUUUGAUCGACGUCGUGUAACCCAAUGUGGAGCUAAAUGUGAACCGAUGGCAACAGAGAUAUCUAAAGUAAUGCAGGAAAAAGGACUUCCAGCAGGUAUGGAGACAAGAGAUAGUAGUCGUUUGGGUCGUCAAAUUCUUCAGCAAGUUUUGGGAGAAGAAGAAGCUCGUUUUAUUCCCUGUACACAAGCCAUGUUGGAUCCCUCAUCCGCCUCUGAUAAUGAGGAUAAUAAUGAGAAUAGAGGGCAUGAUAAUCAUUCUUAUCGUAAUCAAUCCGAUACAUACAGAGAUGUUGAACCUUGUAUAAAUCCUAUUCCUUUUGUAAGAUCUCAACAAAUGCAUUCAGGAAGAAAUGAAUCUACAUCUGUUUCAAAUGAUAAUAUUUCAAUAGAUGAUGAUAGCGUUUUUACUGGACAAGCUAUUUUCUAUAAAACAGGUUCUCGAUUAGUGUUUGAUGAAGUUUCUCAGAUGUUGUGUCAAACAGCAUGUUUAUGGCCACCUGUUCCUGAUCCUCAGUAUGCACCACCACAGCAACCAUGGAAUUUACUUUCAAUGUCUGUAUCCGGUCAACCUAUUUGGAAUGAAGAUUAUGAAAAGAGUUUAAUUUGUCAUCAUUGUCGUCUUCGAGAUCGUAUUGAAGGUAAAUCCAUAUCAUUAUCUCUUUGUAAUUACUAUACAGAUGCCAAAAAAGAGAAAAAUGUUCGAGAAUAUAAAAAGUCAAUGAAUAACUUGAAUGGUUCUAGUUUUGCAGGAGUAGGAAAUUCUACAAAGAAUUAUAAUUCAGUAUGUACUUGUCGUCAAUCGGGAAAACGAGUGGUAUUAUCACCAACUGCCAGUAAUGGACGUUAUUUGUGUAUAAUGGCUUCUGUUGGACCUAGCCGUGUGGCUCUUCAUCGUAAUCGUCCUCUUGAAUAUCAUGCAGGAAUGUACGCUUGUGUUGUAUUUGAUGUCCUUUAUGGAAGUGUUGUGCGUGUUAUUCCUGUUUGCUCCACAUUACCUCAUUCUUCCUUAAUGGAAGAUAUUCAUUCACAUCCGCAUUCAAAUAUUAGAAGAGUCCCUAUUUUCAUGUUACCCUGUUCUGUAGCUGUGGUUCGUCGCCCUCGUCGUCAGCAGCAAAAACAACGAUCAGGGUCAACAUUGGGAAGAAGAAGAAAAAGUAGUAAAUCUCCACAGAUGUAUGGUUCUUUUGUACGUCACUUAGAUCAUGAGGAUGAAGAAUUAGAGGACAAUAGUGACGAUGAUGAUAAUGAUGAUUAUGAUAAUAAUAAUAAUAAUAAUAAUAAUAAUAAUAAUACAGUUGAUGCCGAUAUGGAUGGGGAUGAUUCAAUGGUAGUUGUGGCUGUUGGUGCUCUUCAUAGCAGAACAUAUACUUUUAACGCUCUUACAGGCUCUCGUAUUAAAGUAAUGAAUUUGAGAAAACAGAAAGAACCAUAUAACAGGCGUGCUUCUGCUGAAGCUAGACCUCCUUCUAAACGUGCACGUCAUCCAUAUCUUUCACUUGCGAAACCUGGUGUUUUCAGUAAUCACCACUUCUUGGAUGAGGAUAGCAUAAAUACUGAAGAUGCGAGAAAUGAAGAAGAUAGUGAUAUGAGUUCCAGUUCCAUUGAAAGACAAUCUUCAGAAAGUCGGGAACAAUAUGAAUCUGAACGUCAUGCUUUACUUCGACAGUUAGCUGAUAAACAUGGAAUGAGUACUUUAUUACGAGCUACUGUAGAUCUUUUACGUGUUGUUCCUUUUCCUUUUUCACAAUUUGAUAAAUUCAGAGGGAAUGGGAAUAGCACUCGACGUGUAUGCGAAAAACAGUUGAGUUGUAAUCGUCGAAGAUCAAUGGGUAGUACACAUGUUGGAUCAACGAACUCUCUUUCUAUGCAAUUGUCGUUAAUUUCAUGUCCUUCAUUUCUUGGUCAACUACAUCUUCGUAGUGGAGUAUUUAAUGGUUCUGAUGUCCCAUCAACAGUGAAUCGACGAAAUAAAGAUGAAGCGACCAUUUCUACAGAUAUCCGUCUUAACAAUGUCCCGUUUGCCCUUGUCUCUUAUCGCACAUUACGUCAUUUACUCACUACAGGUGUUUCUGUUUCUGGGCAAGAAACUAAAGGAGAAGCGACAGAAGGAACAACAGUAACGAGACCAGAAGGUGUGAACGCGCCUUCCGCCGCAGCCCCAUCCCGUGAACGAACCUAUUUUCGUUGUGGAGUGGUAAAUAGUGUGGCAUUGUGGUGUGAUAAUGAGAAUGGAGGGGUAUACGUGUUUUCAAGUGAUGAAUACGGUGGCCUCUUCGUGAGUGGAGGUUUGAUUUCACUUGGUGAAUGA